CGACGACACAGUGCUUUCGCGACAUCUCCUCUCGCGCGGCUAGGGCACGCGACCUCCCACCUCCGGCCGUCUCUUCUCAAGAUCGGAGAGGAUGAAGGACAGCAUAUUCUCGUCCAAAGGCCUCGCGCUCGCGUCCAUCUCCGUCGUCGGAGGCUGCGGCGGCGGCUGCGCAGGCACUGGUUUCCUCAUCCAUCGUAACCUCCUCCUCACAACGCAUGCCUGUCUCCCUUCUACUGCGGUGGCUGAGGAGACCGAGAUCCAACUCUUCCGUGGCUGCACUGUUGGCCGCCUCGUCCCUCAGAGUUAUCUUCAUCGUGUUGGUCGUACUGCUCGAGCUGGGCGUGAAGGACAUGCUGUUACAUUUCUCACAGAUGAUGAUAGAUCUCUAUUAAAGGCCAUUGUUGAGUUGUUUGGUACCACAUGCAACUUGCAGGAUGUUGUUUGAGUUGCUUGUUCUAACAGGAGCUCAAAUGGGGAUGGACUGGACUACUAUACUGAAGAAGAGGAAUGAAUUCAGGGUGGCAUUUGUUGAAUUUGAUGCAGAGUCUGUCUCCAAGUUCACAGAGAAGCAGAUGGUUUCCAUCAGUGUGGAACUGAAGCUGGAUUUAGGAAGAGUUCGAGGAAUAUCACUAUCUAUUUUGAAACAUAAUUAGUGUUAAUUUUGAUAUUUACUAGCUUCUCAUGUAAUUAAAUACUAAUAUUACUUCAAUGUCAGAAUUCUAUUAUUUUGGUA